AUGGGCUUCAGUAUUCUCACAACCGCCUCUCUUCAUGGAGAAACACCAACUGUUGUCAAUGGCAAGGAAUACGCUGUGACAACGUUACAGUAUUUGAAUUUAGGGAACAAUGAAAAUCUCAAAGCAAGCUGUUCUCAACUCUUGAUGAAAGGAUGGGAAAGGAUACAAGUACUUGAUUUAUCGAUUAAUAAAUUACACGGGAGACUUCCUUCAUCCAUUGGAAACUUGACCUAUCUUAUUUACUUGGAUCUUCAUGAUAAUGCUAUUGAGGGUGGUAUUCCUAGUUCCAUUGAAGUUGCAAUUCUACCUGAGGAAGCAGGACCGAAGAGAGGGAGAGUACGAAGUCCGGUGAAUGGAGGAAGUAGGGGUUUGGAUUUGACUUUGGAAAUCCGGAGUUUUGGCGGAGAAGGAGGAGGAAAUGCGGUGAAGCGGACUAAUGAAGCUGAAGGAGAAGUAAUAGAAGGUAAGGCGGAGCGGAGAAAGGACGUGUUCCAGCGGCUGGUGGAAGGACUUGGAGAGGCAUAUGAUAGAGAUAUUGCAUUUGCAAAUGCUCUAGAAACUUUUGGUGGGGGUCACAAUAACCCCAUCAAUGUAGAUUUUAAAGGCCCUGUUAUGACCAAGUUCCCUAUAGCCUUAAGAGAAAUCAGGUUGAGGCUGACUAGAGGGGUCAGAAGUCACAUUGUGGGUAUUGUUAAACCGUCCAUAACUGACUCAGAUAACCUCGAAGCAAACGAGGAGCUUGUUUAG